AUGAUCAAGGCAAUCUUCUACAGUAAAUUCGACACGAUAGAGGGGCCCAAAGUCGUCCAUCAAGUUCCCGAUGGAGCCAUCGUCCCCACCCCUACCGCACCCUCACAACCACCCUUCCUCACCUUCUCCGAUGUCUCCUUCUUCGUGAUUCCCCGCCAAGAGCUCUGUGGAAACCUUUUGCAAGUAUGCACAAACGGAUAUCGUAUCCUGGGCUACCCAAUAUGCAUGAAAUCAGUGCGCUAUGACCGCAACGAAUUUAUCUUCAACUUUUGUAUAGUCCUCGCCGAGGAGGACGACUUCAGCACGUAUAAGAGCGUGGUGCAGAAGCUAGCAGACCUAAUGCAUGGUCUGGAAGAGCAAAAUGGUUUCUUGUCCCGCGAUUUCUCGAAGAGUGGUGAGGGGAAAGUGUAUAGUCUGUGUGAGAUGUUGAUGGAGGACUUGAAUAACUAUUGCGAGUGCAUGAUUCCGAUUGACGAAUUGAAUACUCUGAACAUCAAGCUAUUCCCGAUAUACCCUUCUCCCCCGCCCGUCAAGGCCUGGCAAGUACCGCUCUUCACGUUGCGAUACCAGGCCUUCAUGGAUGAGAACUGGGACUUGACUAUGCAAAGAAUUGUACCACAUAUCAACGGCGUCAACAGCGUCCGCAUCAUCUCCGUCCUAGCCGACACAGACUUCUCCCUCACCUGUCGCGCCCUCCGACACCUCCUCUACUACGGCUGCCUAUUCAUCCUCGACAUCUUCUCCUUCUCCGCCAUCUACGCCCCAACCGCCCAAUUCAGCCCAACAAUAGCCUCCGAUGAAGCAAUGCAACUAGAAUGCGCCCGCUACGUCAACCUCCGCUUCGCACCACACCCACCAAUCGGCCCCGACUCCCCCCUCCCACCAACCCUAGUCCGAACUCCCAGCGCCAACGACAGCACCGACAGCACAGGACCAGCCCCCUUCCCCAGCUCCCUCACCACAGACCCCGCACCAAGCCUCACACGCGAGGAAUCCCGCUUCGACGCCGAAGAAAUCUGGCCCCUCCUAGGCCCCGAAGAAACCCCUACCGCCACGUCCCCAAACGCCCUCCACAAACCAGCGCUCGUCGACGGCGUCGCCCUGGUAGAGCUCUACGCAAGUUUAAAACAAGGCCAGAGCGUCAAGCAAUGGUACGCAGCCCACAGCCGCGCCCUGACAAACAUCGACAUCCGUCGUUUCAUCACCUUCGGCGUGAUAAAGGGCUUCUUAUAUCGCGUGCACAAAUACGCCUGCGCAACGAGCCAGCCUGCGCCCCCGCGCCCGUCCUCGUUUACACCGACUGCUUUGUCUUCGCGCGCGAAUACAGGUACCAAUACGCCGUAUGCGGUAUCGAGUGUGUCGGAAGACGCGCCUAUCUCGGCGGUUAUGAGGGGAGAGUCUAGUCGUGAGCGGGCUGGGUCUGGGUCUGUGAUUAGUGGGGGUCGGAAUGGGAAUGGGAAUGGGAGUGGAGCGCCAUCGGCGUUUUGGGAGGAGGAGGAGGAGGUUGUCGGGGAUGAGGUUCUUGGGAGGUAUCUUGAUGGGACGCAUUGCUUUGAUCAGAUUUGUACGGAGUUGGAGAUGAGUGAGAGGGAGUUGACGGCUAGAUUGAAGAGGUAUCCUUGGGAGGUGUUGAUUCUUCAUAGAUGA